UUAUCUAUGAGUCAUGACGUAAUGUAUGAUACAAUACGUUGAUUUUGAGAGUACAGUGGCUAGACUAAAGACGUGCAGAAGAAGUCGAGUUUUAGUGUAUGAGUGAACAACCAAUUCCAAUUUAUGUGGAUAUUUAAACCUUCUUUAUUAACCAGCUGAUAUUGUCUAUGACCGUCUAUGACCAACAGACAACAGUCAGCUUCAAAUUUGAUUGUCAGUACAUGUACAUUAGUGUAUAUAGAAUAUUAGAUCAAAUUUCUGGAAAACAUUGCUAUGGUAGGGAAUAGGAGUGAUGGGUAUAUUGUUUCAGUUGUUUGGAUCAUAUUUGUGUUUUGCCAUCCCGCGCUCAUCACGUGUACAGCUGGUGAAAAUGGAAUGUGUUUAGCUAACACUAAUUACACCCAUAUACAAUGUAUAUCAUCGCAGUGUAAUGGAACAAACUUGAUUAAUUGCGUACAAUCGUGCAGCGAAAACGUUUGUACAAAUUUGACUUGUGAUCAUACUACUAAAAAAUGUGAACAGUUUUGUAACGGAUGUAAGAUUAUGAAUUGCACUUCUUUGGUUUGUCAUCAACAAUGUACGGAAGGAUUUUGUGAAAAAAUGAUUUGUGGUAAAUCUCUACAAUGUAAACAGCAAUGCACAUACUGUCGAAAUCAGUAUUGUUAUGACAGCAGAGUUUGUCAACAGAUUUGUCCUAAGACAACAAGUAAUUGUUUGUUAAACUGUUUUCAAUCGGAGAAAUGCUUACAGAACUGUAACGGAAAGCUUUGUCAAGCAGAUUGUCGCAGCAAGCAAAAUUGCGUACAAAUAUGUAAUUCCAGAGGAAGUUGUGAAAAAUUAGUUUGCAAAUCCAAGGUUUGCCGUCAAAAAUGUGACAAAAACUCUAAUUGUCGUCUUCUUCGCUGUCAUGGUGAUAAAUGUAAGCAAGAGAGUCAUGAAGGAAAUGUGACAAUGGAAUGUUUAUCAAAUGACACUUGUUAUCAGCACUGUUAUGCUUCUGGUUGUCGUAUGUCUUGUGCAGGAAAUGUUAAAAGAUGUCAUCAAUAUUGUUAUGGUGGUGGAUGUAACAUGACUUGUCCAUUCAAAGUGACUAAUUGUCACUCGAAAUGUCCAGGGGGGAAUUGCUCCACAGAUUCUAUGGUGCACAUUACUUCGAAGCCUCUGGAGAGAGACAAUCGUGAAAAGUGUAAAAAUUCAUCUACAUUUUCACAAUAUUCUACCUUAUAUCUAAUUGUAGUAUACAUACUAUUUUGUAGUUUUCAAUGUUGAUGUACUUUCAAAUUUUUAAAUCAAAAAACACUCUCUUGUAGAGGCAUAGGAAGCAAGUGUGAGUGGGGGGCAAGAUUUUUGGGGCAAUUUUUCAUUUAAAAAAGAUAUUCUUCUUUAAAAAGGAUACUCUUCUUGUAAACAGGGCACUUUUUAUAUUAAAUUUAAAAGCUGGUGGA